GCUGCUAGUUGUUACAAACGUCUCGCCGUCUUUACGAGAAUGAGUGAUCAGCUUUGCAAACUUUUCGUUGGUGGGCUCAACGUAGACACCGACGACGAUGGCCUGCGAAAGCACUUCGAGCAGUUCGGCACGCUGACCGACUGCGUCGUCGUGGUGAACAAGCAGCUGCAGCGGUCCCGUUGUUUCGGCUUUGUGACUUACUCCUCGCCGGAGGAGGCCGACGCGGCGAUGGGCGCCAGGCCGCACACGGUCGACGGCAGCGACGUCGAGGUGAAGCGGGCCGUCGCGAGGGAAGACGCCAACAAACCGGAGGCCCUCGCCAAGGUGAAGAAAAUCUUCGUCGGCGGGUUAAAAGACGACAUCGAAGAGUACCACCUGAACGAGUACUUCUCCCAGUACGGUGAGAUCGAGAAGGCCGAAGUCAUCUCGGAGAAGGAGACCGGGAAGAAGAGGGGCUUCGGCUUUGUCUACUUCACCGAUCACGACGCCGCCGACAAAGCGGUCGUCGUGAAGUUUCACACCGUGAACGGACACAAAGUGGAGGUGAAGAAAGCCCUCACCAAGCAGGAGAUGCAGGCGGCCAACAGAGGAGGGAUGCCGCCCAGAGGAGGAAGGGGACGAGGCAUGAGGGGGAAUCAAAAUGGCUACGGCAGCAGGGACUACAGCGGGAACUACAACUACGGAAAUGGCGGAGGCUAUGGAAACGGUGGCGGCGGCUGUGGCUACGGAGGUUAUAGCGGACCUUACGGGGGUGGCGGCUACGGAGACCAGAGCAGUGGUUACGGUGGUGGAAACGGCUACAAUGAGUUUGGCAGCAGCUACGCCCAGCACAAUUCUGGUUACGGCCCGAUGAAGGGGCCUCCAUUCGGCGGUCAGAGGAGCGCUGCUCCCUACAACAGAGGCGGUGCAGGCGGAUACCCGAGGGGAGGCUACGGCGGUGGCGGCGGCUACUAGAUAAGACUGGGAAAGAGAAAAAAAACACCAACCUACACCAGCCCCCCCAUCCCCCUGCCAUAGGUUUCCUCCAACCAGGAUUUGGACGCCAAACUCAAAUUCAAUAACGGGGGCGUCUGCCGUGAAAUCCAGAUACGGUCACAGAGACCGCCCCUCUCAAAAUCCCAAACAGGGUGCAAUGGGUAACCUGGGCAACGAGGACAUCACCCUGCAAAUGAUGGGGUGUGUCUCCACACUGGCGGGGGUUUACCGGAGAGCGGUGGUGCCUUCUCCCCCUCAGGUGAAGUCAAGUUUUCACAAAACAAAAGGUUCCCAAGUGUGGUGCUUUUUAAAUGGGUCUAAACAUGGUUUUUCUGAAAUGUUUGCAGGGUGAGUUUUGAUGACACAGUGCCCAAGUGCAAGUUGGAUAAUUACUGAUACUUCAGGGGAAUUAAGCAUGGAGGACAGUGGUUCAAAUGUUUGGCAUGUGAGCCCUUAAAAGUGAAGCUUUUAAUCCCUCAUCACAGGUUUUCUCUUGGUGUUGAUCUCUGCUGUGGAAAACUUAAAAUCAUGUUCAGCUUAAUGUUAUUUUUUCUUUCUUUUUAAUCAUUGCUUUACUUCCUGAACCCUUUUAGAGUACUGACCCAGAGGAUAGGAGCAGUGUUUGCACUUUGGGCACUGUGGAUUUUCAAAAUAAAAUAAUACUAUAUUAAAAUUUGGUGUUUUAAA